AUGACUAUAGUAACGGAUACGGAUAGCAUUUUCAUUGUUACAUCAGCUGCUAUCUGUCUUCUAAAUCCAAGAACACGAAGCUUUGAAUUUUCCAUCCCAUUUUCUAACUUUUUUGAAUCUAAUUGGUACUAUGCAAUAUCCGCAAAAGUUUUCACGUCAGACCGUGAAGUUGUCCUCGCUCUUCAGUCACUCAAUAAUAGAUAUGUACUGGCCUCUAUGGAUAAAAGUGUAUUUUCCAAUUGCAAUAAUGAAUUCUCUGCUACCAAUAUCAGUGAAAAUGGAUUUGCAGCCCUAUCCUUCUUAGCUGCCACUGCCUUGGAUGAAUUGAGUCCUUUCAUCAAAGCACUCGCUCAUAACAACUCUUCUAAUGCUUCUAAAGCAAAACAGUCGUCUGUUUUGAAUGCAAGACCAGGUGUUCGGUGUCUUGUUAAUAAGAAUAAUUCGAGUGACAAUCAUUUAAAUCGUCCAGUCGCUUUCCACCAAAAAAUCAAAUCCUCCGGAUAUGGUGCGCAGAAUGCUAAAGUAAAAAUGUUCAAACCCCAAAUUCACAAAACUCAGACAAAAGUGAAACCCUCGAGGAUACUGUUAAAUAACAAACUUCACAGAAGGUAUCCAGUUGAUGUUGAACCGUCGUUUUCAUGUUUGGUGUCUGAGAAAUUGGAAGCUGAAGAAACACCGAUAUUUGCGGUGUCAUAUUCACGUAAUACGACCAUCUUCUAG